AUGAAGCCCAUGAUAGCCAUCCCUGGAAUAGCUGCGCUCAUCUAUAGAGCGUGGUCGCGGAACUCGCUGACUCCUGUCGGCAUCUUCGCAGCAUUUGUGACAGCUGUCAUUCAUACCUUGCAUCCUUGGAGCGUUUUCACAUUGCUUCUUGCCGUCUUCUUCUUAGCCGGGAGUUCCGUCACGAAAGUCAAGCAUGACAUUAAAGCAAAGCUUACUCAGUCCGCAACGGGUGCAUCUGGUGGAGAAGGUGCGCGCAAUCAUAUCCAAGUGGUCGCAAACUCUGGUAUAGCAUCGGUUUUAAUACUGCUCCACCUCUGGCAGCUAAGGAAGGAUGGACGAUAUGAAGAUGAGGGUCUCUGCUGGACUGGAAAUAGUGAUGUAUUGGUAACAGGCAUCGUAGCAAACUACGCCGCAGUCGCUGCAGACACCUUUUCAUCUGAACUUGGAAUCUUGUCGAAAUCCAAGCCACGCCUGAUAACCGCUCCAUGGCGUAUCGUCCCGCCUGGCACAAAUGGCGGGGUGACCACGACGGGUCUUGGUGCAGGAGUACUCGGCGCACUGAUAAUCUCACUCAGUUCUACGAUGUUCAUGCCGUUUUGCAAAGACUGGAGCUUUGUUGAAAAGACAAAGUAUACUCUUGCAUUGACAGCAGCUGGCUUUAGUGGAACACUCCUUGAUUCUCUUCUAGGAGCUCUCUUUCAGGCUAGCGUGGUUGACGUACACUCGGGCAAGGUUGUUGAAGGUGAGGGAGGAAGAAAGGUGCUUGUACACAGCAAUGUUAGUCGUCGAUCGGAGGGCAAGGAUGGCAUUACUAAGGUCAGCGGUACGGACGCGGCAGCAUCGAUCAAGGCUUCGAAAGCAAUGUUGAAAGCCGGAGCAAGUGGAACGGCCGUUACAGACCCACAGCAUGAGAGUAGGAAGAUUGAGGUUGGGAGUGAUUUGUUGGACAAUAAUGCUGUCAACAUGCUCAUGGCAGGCCUGGUGAGCUUAGGAGCCAUGUUGACUGCCAGGGCUAUUCGAUGUAGCAUCAAACCUCGAGCAUUUGGGCCAGUUGCCAAGGCGCUAGCGAAGCACGUCACUCCAGUCCGACGACUUGAACAACCGAAUUCAACGAGUUCGAUACAUCGAUUGGCCGUAUAUAACUCUCACAAACCCCGCGCGCCACCGAGAUUCAAAAUGUCUCUCCGCUUCGUCCCCAGCAAGGCGCACCCUGCGCAAACUACGCUUGAAACCUCUGCGCCUUCGGCUCCCGGCGUCCACGAUACCCUUCGAUCUCGCCUUGGCCACACAUCGGUAGCACCUACCGCUUCGUCAUCAUCGACAGCACCAGUUGCUCUGCAGUCUGCCCAUCCGCUCGAGGCCCGUCUUGUCCAGUGGCGCGAUACCCAAGACCGUCUGAAGAUGGAGAUGCUGAGGCGGCAGUUUGGCAUUGCAGAGCCCGUGCGUAGGGGUAUGGAGCUGAAGAUUGCUGAAGCGGGGGAGUGGAGACCAUUAGCACUGGGUGGAAGCAGCGGUGUUCACAAAGAUAUUCUCCAGGGACGGGAUUGUGAGAUUGGCUGGGAGGAUAUAUUCACUAGCAACGAGCUGCGGGAAGCACCAGACUUCCACACGGAGAUUGAGAAGAAGAUGAAGAUGAACUGGUAG